AUGACCAGUUUUGUUCUACUUGGAACUCGUCAGGUGCAUGUAGCCAUAGAUCUUACUAUUGACGAUAUCAUUGACGGGGCUGUGAAGCCUCCCCCCAACAAGUAUCCCAUAUUCUUCUUUGGCACCCAUGAGACGGCGUUCUUGGGCCCUAAGGACCUGUUCCCUUAUGAAAAGUACAAGGACAAAUACGGGAAGCCCAACAAACGGAAAGGCUUCAACGAAGGGUUGUGGGAAAUCCAGAACAACCCUCAUGCCAGCUACAGCGCACCUCCGCCCCUGAGCUCCUCCGACAGCGAAGUUGCUGAUAUCGACCCCAUCAGUGGAGGAGGAGGAGGAGGAAGCGACGUUCCCGGGGAGGAAGGCUCUGCCCCAACUGCGGGUGUCGGUGCAGCAGGAAUGACUAUGGAGAAGGCGGAGAGUGAUGAGUCGGACAAAGGAAGCGAUCACAGCAGCAUGAAGCGGAAAUCAUUAGCCAUGAAAAUGCCGGUAGCGAAACGGCCCCGGAAAUCUUCGAGUGACCUUGACCAGGCCAGCCCCUCUCCUUCGGAGGAGGAGAACUCCGAGAGCUCUUCUGAAUCCGAGAAGUACAGUGACCAGGACUUCACUCCAGAGAAGAAGCCACCUCCUAGGACUUCGCGGCGGGCACCUGCUGGAGGGUGGAAGAAAAAGAAAAUCGAAUCAGCCUCCGACUCUGACAGCAAGGCAGAUUCCGAGGAGGAGGAGGAGGACAAUGACAGAGAGGGCACCAGGGCGCUCACUCCCAAGUCCGAUUCUGACUCCAACUCAGAUGAGUCUGUCAAGAAGCCUUCCCGCGGAAGGAAGCCCUCUGCCGAAAAGCCUCCGCGCAAGCCCCGUGGGCGGAAACCUAAACUAGAGAGACUUCCCAGCAGCUCCAGCAGUGACAGCGACAGCGACGUGGAUCGCAUCAGUGAAUGGAAGCGGCGGGAUGAGGAACGCCGGCGAGAGCUGGAAGAGAAACGGAAGCGUGAGCAGGAACAGGAGCUGCGCCGGUUGCGGGAACAGGAACGGGAGGAGAAAGAGAGGAAGAAGGAGAAGGCUGAGAAAGGGGAGGUGGAGGGCGCAGACAGCGACAGCAGCGCAGACAGCGAAGUCCCUAGAAAAAGCAAGAAGGGCCAGCCCAAGGCCCCCUCUUCCUCUGACUCAGAUGCGGAGAAAGAGAUGAAAAAGCUGCCAAAAAAGCAGCUGUCCUCAGAACUUUUAAAGAAAUCAAGUCAAAAGGAGAAGCGAGGCCACGGAGAUGAGAAGUCACGGAACAAAUCUCUGAAAGCGGAACGAGGCAGGAAGAAGCCCGAUUUGCUGCCGGAAAGAAAGGUGGAGAAGAAAAAAGAGCCAACUGUUGAGGAGAAGCUCCAGAAGUUGCACAGCGAGAUCAAGUUUGCUCUCAAAGUUGACAACCCGGACAUCAAGAGGUGUUUGAGUGCGCUAGAAGAGCUGGGCAGCUUGCAGGUCACUUCGCAGAUCCUCCAGAAACACACUGACGUCGUGGCCACCCUGAAAAAGAUUCGACGUUAUAAAGCGAACAAAGACGUCAUGGAGAAGGCCGCCGAGGUCUACACGUGCUUGAAAUCUCGCGUCCUGGGCCCAAAAGUUGGGGCAAACCAGAAAGUGCACAGGACUGACCUGGAGAAGGAGAAGGAGGAGGGGGGGAAGGAUAAAGAGAAGUUGCCGGCAGGAGAAACGGAGAAUGAGCAAGGCGAGGAAGAAAGCGCCGAUCUCCCGGCGCCUGUGAAUGGAGAAUCAGCCACCCAGAAGGGAGAAGGGGGAGCGGAGAACAAAGGCCAAGGGGAAGACUGGACUUUGGGAGAUGGCAAGAGAGGCACAUCCCCCGAAGACACCCACAAUGAAGCGCAAGACUAUCCUGAGACGGACCGGGCAGGGACAGAGCGAGGGAGAGUCCACCCAGAGUCGGACUCGGCGGACGAAGACGACGAGAGUUGAGGGCAGCCAAAAGCCCCACGAGGAAGUGGCCCCGGAUUGUUGCGAUGCUGGCACGCUUUGCCCGGUGUUUCUGAGAUGCUUUUCCAAGCCACACAGUAGACAGCAUUCUAGGUCAUGUCCUUCCCGAGAACUCUUUCCCCUUUCUCCUUUCCCCAGCCCUCUCUCGCUCCCUCGAGAAUGAUGAACUUCUGGGGCAGCCCCACACCAUUGUACGUUUGUAUUGGUCCCAUGUUCUGCCCCCCACUUCCCUCCCCUCCCCUCUCCUUCCCUGCCUCUUGCCUUUACUCUUGUGAUUUCCACAGACAUGAAAUGAAUAUAUAAAGGGUUGUUUUUUAAUGAAAAAA